AUGCGCAAGCCUUGCACCGUCAGGCGGACGAGCUGUGCCAAUGCGUUAAGAGGUAAAAAUUUGGCAAUUUGCAAAUCACGCAGCGGCGAGUACGAGUCGGCGUUAGUGCUGUACCACCGAGCGGCCACGGUUUGCCCGCACGACAGCACCCACGGCGUAGCGGCUCGGCGUACCGCGGCCAUGAUAAGCUUGUGGAGUAAUCCGGAGAAAAGCUCGACGAGACCGCCGGCGAAUACGAGGAGCGACGCGAUUUCGAGGGUGACUUCGUGCCCCGAGAGCGCGGUGCUCAGAGCGCCUCGCGACGCCUCCAAGUCCUCCGAUUCGUCGAUUAUCUCUGGUAUCCUCAGACACCUCGACACCUGCAAAAAGCCGUCUACCGACACCCUCCCCGCGCUAGGAUCGCUCAUCAGCCAACUGAGCCGAUCGCGAGCGACCUUGGAGCACGUCAACAGCCACGCCGACGCGAUGCUGAGGAAACUGAAGGCCACUUUCGACGCCGGCAGGAUGCGGAACUCCUUGAGGCUCGCCGAGGACCUGCUGGCGCUGUCGCCCGACCUGGGGGACCCUCGUCGACAUAAGAUACCGGCGUAUCAUUACUUGUCUCUGAUCCACGCCGCUCUAGGAAGGCACGAUCGAGCGUCCGAGCAGGUCGCCCGGCUGGUGCGCCUGUCGCUGAGCGUCAACGACGAGGUGCACCUGUCGCAGGCUCUGGUGACCUUGGGCAAGGUGCACCUCAGCUUCGGCUGCCUGCAAGCGGCCGCGCGCGCCUGGGAGAACAUGUCGAUCCACGUCGGCCAGCCCGUGGCGCAGGCCUGGCUCCACCACGAGAUCGGGCGCUGCCAUUUCGAGGGAGGGAAGUACGUGAAGGCGUUGCGCGAGGCGGCACGCUGUUGGGAGCGCGCGGAGGAGGCGAGCUCGAACAAGUGGACCUUCCACGCCGGCCUCCUGAGGGCGCAGUGCCUGGCGUUGCUGGGUCGCUUCGCUGGUGACGAUUUUACUUCUCAACCCCUUCCUCCAUUUUUCCCGGCCGGCGGAAUCUCACGGAUGGCCGGUUGAUUCCCCUCGCGGCGCGCGAUUGUCCCGAAGGGACGCCGUUCCGCCGGAAAAUUCCAACGGGGCUCCUUUAAAGCGCCCCUGCAGCCUCGACGGGAUCCCGACGGGACGCAAUAUCGCGUUGUGCCUCGGCCGAGACGGCCCGUCUGGACGAAUAACUCUCUCCGCAAUUGUAUGUUAUGCGAGUCGCUCGUGAAUGGGACAUUUAAAACAGUUGGCCGGGAUGCUUGAGGUACUCCGGUCGGUAGGCAAACGUGUGCUUGGACUAUGUAAAAAAAGAGAGGAAAGAGAGAGAGAGAGAGAGGCGGAAAAUAAUACGUUGCGCUCUAUUCUGUUAACGUCGACGCUCUUAUCACGAGGGAUUUUCAUUCCGCCGAGUGGAAUCCAGACCGCCGCAGAAUGCGUCCGUAUGCAAACGAAACGCGACUUUUAAAACGCGCGUUUGUAGUUUUACAUGACGUCUCUUUGCGCCUGUAAUCGAUAUUACAGGCCGAGUGAGUGGACUCGGUUGGACGAGUUGAAUCUUCACGGGGCGAAUUUGCGCGAAAUUCCAAUGGCGCACGUGGAAAAAUAUUAUACCGCUAAGACGAGCGGAUCCAGUUUACUCUUCUUUUCUCAAGUAAUAUACAAUAGUCUUCGACAAGAAAUAUCUUUUCACAAGAGUCACGCAUGAAACAUACUUCCUCAACUGAUAAUAAUUGUAAAAUGUAUCCAAAUUUCUGGCAAAAAGCUCAUUGCUCCGAAAGA